AUGACCAUGCGGUAUACGUCCGACGUGCCUUCGAGAGAGGCAACUGUCCUACGCACCACUGAGGAGAAGGUCCGAAGCGGCUGCACACCCCUAGAAGCCCACGCCCGCUGGCGCCAAGGGACGCCACUGACACCCAAUCCCAACUGGGAGAGGCGUAAACCAUACAUCCGCCCCCCAUGGCACACCCAACCGGACACCCACAUCGCGAGGGGCGCUGACGAGGCCACCGCACUCCACCACCAUGUGGCCAAGUUCCCCACCGCCUAG